CCUAAAUCCUUCACCACACUCUCUUAAUUACCUACAAACACACUAUUACACAUUAUUAUUCAACUUGUACACAUUUCUGUUAUAGUGAUCGAUCACCAUGGCCAAUAAGAAUGUGGCUGCCCUUGCCCUACUAGCCGUGGUUGUCGUGGCGGUGCUACUGGCUGAGGCACCGGUGACAGAGGCGGCUUGUAGUCCGGUGCAACUAAGCCCUUGUGCACCAGCAAUCAUGUCCAACAAACCACCAUCAGGGGCAUGUUGUGGAAGAUUAAGGCAACAAAAGCCUUGUCUUUGUGGUUACUUAAGAAACCCCACUCUUAAGCGUUACAUUAAUUCCCCUGGUGCUAAGCGUGUGGCUUCAACCUGUAAAGUCAGCGUUAGAUGCUAAACGUGAAAUAUUAUAUUAUAUUAUAUUAUAGUGUCCUACUACUACUUGUGCCUUGAUCACUAUAUGAGUGUGAUCAAGGAUGGUGUCGUGGGUGUUUAAUUAAAUAAAAUCAAAAUGUUUGUGUGGUUGUUUGGUACGUACUUAUUGUAAUAGGUCUUGUGUUAUGAAAUUGUGAUAUACUUGUAUGCAUACGUGCAUGUUGCACUGCACACUUGUACGUAGGUGGGGCUGUUAUGUUCCAUUCUCUGCGUUACGGAAUCAUUAAUCAUAUAUUUCACUAGUACGUGGAUUUUUGUUAAAGAAA